GGUUUGCUGUGAAGAAAUGGAGUUUCAGGGAAAUGCAGUGGAAUAUAUUACGUUGUCUUAUCGAUGGGGAGAGCUUGAUGAGCAAUUUGUACCCGCCACAGAUGAUUAUUACGCCCAUAUCACCUCGUUUCAUUUGGAUGACUUUUAUGAGCUCUGCAAGCGAAUGAUGUCCGAACCUGAUUUGAAAGAUAUCAAGUACGUAUGGGUGGAUGCAAUCUGUGUCGAUCAAGGCAAUGAUCAACGUAAAAAGGCCACCAUCUAUCGGAUGAAUGACAUUUACAAAAGCGCUGCCUAUAUCGUUGCCGUACCUGACCUACACAAGGCGUCGUUGAUCAAUUUCAGCAGCUUGAAUGAACGAAUGGGAUAUCUAAUCGUAAACUAUAGCUGGUACCUGUACCAUCUUAUCUGUGAAGACUUUCAAGAGCUACGUCUACUUGACGAUGAUUGGAGAAAUGAAGUUCUUUCUUCGCGUUACCCCAUAAGGGAGCUUGAAGCAACGAUGGAGCCUUUUAAUACGGCAAGUGGAAUGAUUUUUGGUAGGAUAUAAGUUGCUCACCUUACGAUCUUUAUUAUAGCUUUUGUUGUAUACUAAAACUACUUACGCCGAAAGGCAUGGCUUGCCGUCACUACCCGAACAAGAUCCUAAGAACAAGGACGAACAAGACUGGACAGCCCGGUAUCAGAUGAUCACAGAAAAAAUGUUGCAACUGGAUAGAGAAAAUCGAAUAUUUAAUGCCAUGCAAUACCUACAAGGUUUGUUUUUGGACUGGGCAAAUCGAGCAUGGGUCAUC